AUGACUUCUGGUCAUGACGAUUUUAACAACUGGGAAUUCCAAGGUGAAGACAACUACAGCCCAAUGCAGAACUCCGACGGCAGUAUCUUUUAUCCGGAACUAGCUGAACAAUGGUACACAGAAGCUGUCAGUACCAACUGCAACAAUGUGGCAAUUACUGGAAAUGCGGAUGUAAGAUCAAUUGGACUUCAGAAUGGCACUCCCAUGACUCCAAAGAAGACCACGCCUCUUCCUCUUACAUCCAUCGCCUCGUGGUUCCCAGUUGAGAAUAGAUCUCAGAUUCCCGCUGAUAAGAAGGUCACCAACAAACCUCUCUCAUCCAAGUACUACCCAUUCAAAGAUCAAUGUCGGAGGGUCCCAUUUCCAGGAUAUGACUUCUCGCAGUAUAAGAAUGGCCACCAGGAGCAAGGCAUCUCAAUGGCUGAUUGGAAUGGACUGCCGUCACCAUGCUGGAACUGUGGGGCACUGCCUAAAUCAAUUGGGGAGAUCUCAUCGCCUAAUUCGGAGAUACAGAUUAUUUCACCAAGCCCAAGCAAUUUGGAGAGAACUCAGCCGGAGCAACCAGCUCAGCUCGCCGUAGCAGCUUCCCCGACAAUCAAACGCCCACGACUCUCGAAAAAUGAGCAAAACGAGGUGAACUCCUUCAUUUUCCCGAGUGAUUUGACCAAAAGGAGAACUCUGGCAGUUUCUGAUAUUCAGAAGAGACUCAGAAUCGCUGGGAAGCCGAUUCCUUCAGAUUACCAAAUCUUGAAUCUAUGGAAACGACGUCAAAGACAAAAUGUCGAAAAAAUUGAAUAA